CCCGUUCCGUGGGCUCUCCAGUUUUCCUUCUGUGGCCGCCCCCCUCUCCGGCACCUGCGCUGCACUGGCGGCCCCGUCGCAGGCCUGGAGGGUCUCCAGCUCCAGCUUGGCUCGCUCGCACCACCCACGCGCACCAACGCACCGCAUCGCACCGCCACCGAGGAGGCACCACCGUCCGUCCGCCCGCCGUCUCUCUCGCUCUCUCCGUCGCUCGCCCUCAUGCGUCAGCGCCUCGCAUCUCCACUCACUCACUCCCGUCACUUGCCCCCCCUCGCUGCUCCCCUCCCACCCCCGACCGCCCGCCCGACCGUGUGAGCUCUGGCCGCCGUCGUCGCCUGCCCGCCACCAAGUCUCACGCACGUGGCCCCGAAUUGCAUGCACCCUUCGGCUCCCCGUCCUUUGCCCUUCCCCGCCUGCACCAUUCUCGAUCCGGCCCUCGAGAGCCCGGCUUCUGAGCGCCAUGUCGCUGCUCCACGUUGCCGGUCAGGCUCUUGGCCCCGUGUCGAUGGGUGUCCGGAGCGGCGGCCUCCCUCGAGAUUGGGCCUUCGUCGUUCCAGUGCAACGUCUCUCAUGGCAUCUCGUCUCAGUUUCACCGCCUUCUUUCUCAUGGUACUGACCGAUCCUUUCCAGGUUGACCCCGGAGCUCAUUGCCGAGUGUGAGCGCGUCGUCUCCAAGACCUUCCCGGCCUGUGUGGCUUUCCACAAGCCCUCGUUCCUCCAGCAGCUCAAGAAUGCCUCUCUUGAGCCUGCUCUCGUCCAUGGCCUCCUGACGUGCGCCGGCCGAAGCUCGCCAAGCCUCAUUCGCCGCUAUGGCUCUCCCACCCAGGCAGCCGAGACCUUUGCCACCAAGGCCAUCGCUCUCAUCAACCAGAACAUGGAUCACCCUAACCUGGCAGACAUCCAGUCUCUGUGCCUCCUCAUCAUCCACGAAUGGGGAACCCGGAAUGCCGUCCGCGCCUACAUCUAUCUCGGCCAGGCCGCCCGCAUGCUGCAGAUGUACAGGAUCCUCAACAGCCACCACACCUCGGACUCUGCCGACCAAUUUCUCCGCGACGAGUCCUUCCGCCGCACUCUGUGGCUGAUCUACAUACUCGACUCUCUCCUGACGAGCACUCCCGGUCGCUUCCCGGCAUUGUCGGUCCAGGACACGGCCGACGUGUCCCUGCCUUGCUCCGACAUUAACUUUGCCUUUGGCAAUGCUGUCUACGUCAAGACGCUCGGCCAGCAGCUCGGCCACCACGCCAUCUCCCCCGGCCACGCCCUCCCCGGCGAGGUGGGUGAGUUUGGUCAGAUUGUCCUAGCCGCUACCAUCUGGCGCGACGUUGUGGCCAUGCUCACCGUCACUUCUCUUGCCAACUUCCGUGAGGAGGACUGCAGCAGCCUCAUUGUCAAGAUCGAGGGACUUCGGUCUUCGCUGCCGAUGCAGUUCGUCGACAAGCCAGGCCAGAUCAACCUUCACAUGACCAUGGGCUCGGGAUACACGUAUGCCAUGCUGCACUGCCUGCUCCAUUGCGCCACCGUCUUCGUGCACCGCCGCCGACUGCUCCAGGAAGUGACGGCGCCCAACUUUAGCCUCGAGACGUUCCGAGCGAGCCCGCGAUGCCACGACAUUGUCGACCGUCUCUUCACCUCUUGCCACGGCACUAUCUCUCUGCUUAACGCUGUCGAGGCAGGUGCCGAGAAGGAUCAUGCCACAUGCUUCCCCAUCUUCAUGCUGUUCUCGUCCUUCACGGCCAGCGCCACGGUCGCGUACUUGUCUCUGAAGGGCCUUACCCCGCCCAACGCCGCUGAGACGGCAGCGCACAUCGUUAAGGAUGGUCUGCGCUUCAUGCACGACGGCACCGAGAAUUGGCCUCUUAUGACGAGCUGGCUGCGCCACCUCACGGUUAUGCAGCGCGUCCUCAACAACGACGCGGCAACCGGUGCGGGCAUCUCGAGUGCCCAUGGAGGAUCGCGACACGGCUCCCACUCGCACGGCGGCAUCAAGGACGAGCUCUCGUCCAACGCUGAUACCAACCCCGACGCCAUGGACUACGACCAGCAGCCGACUGGUUCCGGCGGCGCCGCAGGCCAAGGCGGUGCACCCCAGCGGUCGGUCUCGGAGUCGGGCCGAGACGACAGCGAGCCUCCCGUGGCCAUUCCUCGCCGACCCGGUGUCACCACUAUCAAUGGCGGCUCGGGUGGCGUCUCCACGCCGGCCACUGGCGGCACCUCGCCCCCGCCGGGUGCCGCUCCCACGGCCCCCAUGCAUGCCCAGGAGCCGAAGCAGCAAAGCCCCGAGCUGGGCUCCAAUGGCGUUGUAGCUGCCCCCGAAGGCCCCAGCACCAGUCAGGACAUGACCGCGCCGGAGCUGUGCCAGGCCUUUGAGCGCCAGCUGCUUGAUCUCGACGACCUGGCGGCGUUUAUGGGUGGCGGUGUUUAACGCGCCAGCCGGAAGUCGAGUGACGACUCCUACAUGAUCAGGGGCGCCUACCGCCGGCGCGCGAAGUGGGCGUUUUGUCCGCUGGUCUUGUUAGAAGCGAACGGUUGAGAGGCCCAGGGGGAAAGCGGCAAGGGGGAACUUUGUAGGAUUUACGGAGCUCAGCGGGAUACCCGAUAUGGCGGAACAAAGGCGGAAGGCGUUGGUGGUAUUACCAAUUCAGGGGCGCCUAGGGAAAGGCGCCAAGGCCGUUGCUAUCUACCUGCAAUGUCACGUGGCACGACGACAGGGAAACGGUUCCAGUUUGUUCCUUUUUUGCUGUGAGGGCUCCUUUCGAGCCUCGUCGGUUGGGGUGGGUUGUCCUACUCUAGCCGUUGGCACAG